AUGACAUUGAUGCAAGUCUACUCUGCUGUCGCAGAAGAAUUUUCAAAAAAUUUUAUGUUUCCUUCGUUACCGGUUGCUGUGUUAUAUACAAACAAUUCAUUAUGUAAAAUGCAAAGUGAAAUGUAUAUUCAACAGUUAGAAAAUUUUACCCUGUGGGCUUCCGAAAUGUGGGACGCCACUGCAAAAUCUUCCACAGGAGUUCUUCGGGGAAGUCAUUUUCAAAUGGGCAAUUUUGAACAGUGCAUUACUGCAGAAGCUCCUUUUCUCACAAAAUAUUGUCUAGCAACUUUAACUGUUCACAUUCCCGAAGUGAAAAAAAAUCGGGAUUUACUUUCACUAUACCACUCUCCUGAUGAACAUAUUUUAGAUAGACUUUAUCCAAACCAUCACAUAUCGCAGCAAGUAAGAAAUAUUGUACAUAAUGCUUGGUGCAUUCCUGCAUCGUGUAGUUCACAUGAUUUAGAAGAAUUUCUGAACAGUUACAUCAAUGGAACUUAUUUAUCAUUAACGAAUGAAAACGUAACAUAUACCGCAAAAGUUUCAGAAAUGGCUUGUAGUACUAAAUAUGAAAACAAAGCACUAAACGCAGCUGAUAUCAGCUUCUGUUCAGUUACCGUUUUCCUAAUCGUUUUAGUAAUUGCCGCUACAUCGUACGAAAUCAAUGAAAAAACACCUGAAAAUGAUAACACAAAAAAAACAUUUUUGUAUAGAUUCUUCAUAUCAUUUUCGGCAAGAAAAACAAUGUCCGAUUUGAGAAAGAAAGAUGAAUCUAAUGAUGCUCUAAAUACUCUGUAUGGGAUCAGAACGAUUUCCAUCAUUUUUAUAAUAGUAGGUCAUCGUUUUGGUACAUCUAUAGCAACUCCUUUCUUGAAUUUUGAUUUUAUUGAAAAGGAGUACAGGGCUCCCAUGACAUUUGUAUUAUUUCGAGAAGAUUUUCUUGUAGACGUAUUUUUUGUUAUGGGCGGGAUAUUGGUAACUUAUGGGUUGCUCAGUUAUUUAGACAAACACAAUUUUAACCCCGGAGUUAUCAUUCUAAUGAGAUAUAUAAGACUGACUCCUGUGUAUGCUUUUGUCAUAUUUUAUUACGCGACGAUUUUCAAUUAUUCUGGAUCAGGACCUUUAUGGAAGUUGAUAGUAGGUCAGGACUCUCAAGAUUGCAGAGACAACUGGUGGGCUAAUCUCUUAUAUAUCAAUAAUUAUGUUAAUGCCGAUCACAUGUGCAUAGUCCAGUCUUGGUAUUUGCCUUGUGAUUUUCACUAUUUUAUAAUCGCCACUUUGGUUUGCCUAUUAUUAAAGAAGAAGAAGAAUAUAGGAUUCAGUGUGCUGUUAUUUCUUACAAUCAUAUCGAUCACAGUACCAUUUGUACUGACACUGGUUUUCGAACGUCCAGCACUACUUCGUCUUUAUCCUGACUUUCUGACAGCACCAAAAACACAUGCGGAUUUUCUGUUAACUUACAUUAAAUCGCAUACAAGAGCCACACCCUAUUUGAUUGGAAUGUUUACAGGUUACAUUUAUCACAAAUUACAUGAAACACGUAAAUAUAUGACCAAGAAAAGAAGUUAUUUUGUCUUGUUAUUAUCCAUCUUAUUCAUUAUAGUAUCAAUAGCUGGAGGUACAGUAUUUUACGAUCCCUAUCACAACUACAAUGUUCUGGAAUCUGCAGCGUACGCUGGUUUAAGUCGACCAGUUUUUGCUGCUGGAAUAGUAGGAAUUAUCUAUGUUUCUAGUUAUGGGUAUCCAUGUUUUAUACGUGACAUACUAACUUGGCCACCGUGGAUUCCUCUCAGCAAGUUAGUGUAUGGUGCAUAUCUUAUGCACAUGCAGUUUCAGUUAAGAUCUGCCGGAGCACUGAUGAGCCCACGGUACUUUUCUUAUUUUGAUGUAAUGAGUUACUCUUUAUCGGAUCUGGUGCUAUCGUUUUUUACCGCAUUACUACUGUAUUUGCUAGUAGAAGCGCCUUUUAGGCGAAUUUUUAAGGAAAUUUUUGCUCGGAAAAGAAAUAAAAUUGGCAAAGAAAAUGAAGAAUCAACGGUGGUACAGGAUACUCCUAGAAAUGGAACUUGUGUUAGCAAGUUAUAACGAUAAACUUAAUUAUUGAAUACUUUUGUAGAUGAAAAUUUUAUAAAUAAUUUGUAUGA